AUGGUCAGGGAUAGGCUUUCUGAUUACCUCGAGGCUCGUCGAACCUUUGCCUACCCUAUGUACGGCUUCCGUCCACAUCGCUCUGCUCAGGACAUUCUCCUGCAACUGCGCCGUCACGUUAUUGAACCGGUAGAGCAUCCCAGUGACGACAAGGUAGUCCUCGCCUUGGAUCUCAAGGAAGCUUUUGAUAACGUUACUCAGGAAAUAAUUCUUACCCUUCUGUCCCAUACAGACUGUGGGCGUAACGCUUUCAGGUACAUCCGUCAGUUCUUGAUGGAACGGCAGACGUACCUCUGCAUUCAAGACAAGGAGCAUGGUCCGUAUCUUCUAGGUACUCGAGGAACACCACAGGGAGCAGUGAUCUCUCCCCUUCUGUUCAAUCUAGCCAUGGCUCAUCUCCCUCCACUGCUGAAAGAUAUCCCCGGUGUACGGCACGCUCUGUAUGCCGACGAUAUCACGCUGUGGGCCACACACGGUUCUGUUGGCAGCAUCGAGGCCAGCCUGCAGCAAGCAGCAUCGGUCGUGGAUGACUACGCCCAUCGCUGCGGCCUUGAAUGCUCCCCCACGAAAUCAGAGUAUGUGUAUAUUCGCCCUAAACUAAAACACACGACUAAAAUCGUACUUUCCCUGCGCACCGGACCUAUCCCGAAACGCGAAGAAAUCCGCGUCUUAGGGCUCUUCAUACACAAGAGCUGGAAAGUCGAUACCACCCUGCGCAAAUUACCUACGGUCGGGGAUCAGGUGAGCCGCAUGGUCCGCUGA